UUUCAAAACCCCUCAUGUUUACGUCAUAUAAAAAAGAAAAAAAAAACAUUUUUUUCCAAACCAACUUUUCACAGCUGCGGUUUUUCAACCAAAUGAGGCCACGUGACCUGGGCACGUGAGAACAACACAGGCGACUGUUUCAUGGUUUUGGUCAAAGAAAUUUGGUCGGCAGCUGCAAGAUGGUCGCGCUUUGCAGCUACGAGACCACCAAACUCGUCCGCAUCCACAGCGUCCGGCUGGGCUCGCUCAAGUGGACCCUGAACGCAACGGUGCUGCUUUUCAUAUGCCUGGUGAUGUUGUGGAACAGAAAGUAUCAACAAUUUGAUCAGGUGGUCAGCUCCGUGACUGCCAAGGUGAAGGGUGUGGCCCACAUGCAGCUACCUGGCGAAGGGGCCGUCAUCUGGGACGAGGCUGACUACAGCGGCUUCUUGCAGGACAAAAACUCUUUCUUUGUGGUUACAAACAUCAUCAUGACCAAGAACCAGAAGCAAGGACGUUGCCCCGAGCCUCCCUCAAGUGGCCGUCAGUGUCAACAUCACAGCGACUGCGAGCGAGGGGCCUGGGACCAGCGCAGUCACGGGAUCCAGACGGGCUCGUGCGUCAAGUUUGACGCGUUGGCCCGAACGUGUGAGGUGGUGGGCUGGUGUCCCGUCGAAGCCAAAAACAAGCCUCCAAGGCCUGCUCUACUGGCAUCCGCAGAGAAGUUCACAGUGCUCAUCAAGAACAACAUCCGCUUUCCCGCCUUCAACUUCAUCAGGAGGAACAUCUUACCUGAGAUGACCGAGUCGUACCUGCGCAAAUGUCAGCACGCUAACGACUCUUUGUGUCCGAUCUUCAUGCUCGGAGACGUCGUCAACCGGGCUGGGGAGAACUUCUCAACCAUGGCGGUGGAGGGGGGCGUGAUAGGCAUUCAGAUCAAGUGGGACUGCGACUUGGAUCAUCUGACCAGACGCUGCCUGCCCGCCUACUCUUUCAGACGCCUGGACCAGAAAGAAAGCAACAAGACCCUCUCCCCCGGAUUCAACUUCAGGUUUGCAAAGUACAAGACGGUGGAUGGCGUGGAGGAGAGGACGCUUUACAAAGCUUUUGGCAUUCGCUUUGACAUCAUGGUCUUCGGACAGGCGGGAAAGUUCAGCUUCAUUCAACUUAUUAUCUACAUCGGCUCUACAUUGUCCUACUACGCUCUGACGACAGUUCUGCUUGACUGGCUGAUCGGAACAAGCUGCUACGCGGCCGAGGAGGGACAGAACUACUCUCAAAGGAAAGUGGAGUCCAUCCCAGACAAAAAGGAGUGCAUCCUGUGUGUGUCGUACGUGGACGAGGACGACAUCCGUCUGGUCAAAAUGUCUCAUAAGCAACGGCUGCAGGACGCCAAGAGCAUUGGUGUUCAGGCACGACGGGAGGACAUGGGUCACAUGACGGCCACCCUCUGCCUCCUAACUGAGCCUCAGUCCUUCCCGGCGACCUUCUCCAAACCUUGCUCCCGUCCUCCU